AUGUCACUGAUUGCUGGAGCAACAGAUGAGAGCCCCUACACUAAAUCCGCCAGCCAGACAAAGCCGCCUGAUGGAGCGUUGGCUGUGAGGAGACAGAGCAUCCCAGAGGAAUUCAAGGGCUCCACCGUGGUUGAGCUGAUGAAGAAGGAAGGCACUACCCUCGGGCUGACGGUAUCGGGCGGAAUUGACAAGGAUGGCAAGCCACGCGUGUCUAACCUGCGGCAAGGGGGAAUUGCUGCCAGAAGCGAUCAGCUGGAUGUGGGUGACUACAUCAAAGCAGUGAAUGGGAUCAACCUGGCCAAGUUCCGCCAUGAUGAGAUCAUCAGCUUGCUGAAGAACGUUGGGGAAAGAGUGGUUCUUGAAGUCGAGUAUGAGCUGCCGCCAGUCUCUGUUCAAGGAUCGAGUGUUAUUUUCCGAACGGUGGAGGUCACAUUACAUAAAGAAGGCAAUACCUUUGGUUUUGUAAUCCGAGGAGGGGCACAUGACGAUAGAAAUAAAUCUCGUCCAGUUGUAAUAACGUGUGUUCGUCCCGGAGGACCUGCUGACAGAGAGGGCACCAUCAAACCUGGCGACAGGUUGCUCAGUGUGGAUGGAAUUCGGCUUCUUGGAACCACGCAUGCCGAAGCCAUGAGUAUUCUUAAACAGUGUGGACAAGAAGCAACGCUGCUGAUAGAAUAUGACGUCUCAGUGAUGGAUUCUGUGGCAACAGCGUCCGGGCCACUGCUAGUUGAAGUUGCCAAAACUCCUGGUGCCAGCCUUGGGGUUGCCCUGACUACCUCGAUGUGCUGUAACAAACAGGUCAUUGUCAUAGACAAAAUCAAAUCUGCAAGUAUUGCGGACAGAUGUGGCGCCCUUCACGUGGGAGAUCACAUCCUGUCCAUCGACGGAACCAGCAUGGAAUACUGUACAUUGGCAGAAGCCACCCAGUUCCUGGCCAACACCACUGACCAGGUCAAGCUGGAGAUUCUUCCCCAUCAUCAGACCCGCCUGGCCCUGAAGGGACCUGAGCAUGUGAAAAUUCAGAGGAGCGACAGGCAACUUGCGUGGGAUUCCUGGGCCAGCGACCACUGCAGCCUUCACACCUACCAAUACCCUAAUGCGUCCCACCCCGACCGUUGCAGAGCUCCGGCCCUGCCAGCCCCAAAGGCGCCUCCUCCCAACAGCCCUCCAGCUUUGGUGUCUUCACCCUUCUCUCCUACCUCCAUGAGUGCAUACAGCCUGAGUUCCCUGAACAUGGGGACUUUACCUCGAAGCCUCUACUCCACUAGCCCUCGCGGGACCAUGAUGAGGAGGAGACUGAAAAAGAAAGACUUCAAAAGCUCACACGAUUAUGAUACAAGAAUCCCUGAUGCAUUUCCAUUGAUUGGUGCUCCAUUCUUCCUGGUCACCUACAAACGUACUCUUCUUUGUUUUGAAAUUACAGAGUCUGUCAUCCCAAGUAGUGGAACGUUUCAUGUAAAGCUCCCUAAGAAGCAUAAUGUGGAACUUGGAAUAACCAUCAGUUCACCAUCCAGCAGAAAACCAGGAGAUCCCCUUGUCAUAUCAGAUAUCAAGAAAGGCAGUGUGGCACAUAGGACUGGCACCCUGGAACUGGGGGAUAAAUUACUUGCGAUAGAUAACAUCCGGCUGGACAACUGUUCUAUGGAAGAUGCGGUUCAGAUCCUCCAGCAAUGUGAAGACUUGGUGAAGCUCAAAAUCCGCAAAGAUGAAGAUAAUUCAGAUGAGCAAGAAAGUUCCGGAGCAAUUAUUUACACUGUGGAGCUUAAGCGCUAUGGGGGGCCCCUUGGCAUCACAAUUUCAGGAACUGAAGAGCCGUUUGAUCCUAUAAUCAUUUCAAGCCUCACUAAAGGGGGAUUAGCUGAAAGAACCGGCGCAAUCCACAUAGGAGACCGAAUCCUGGCCAUCAACAGCAGCAGCUUGAAAGGGAAGCCUCUGAGUGAGGCCAUCCAUUUGCUACAGAUGGCCGGAGAGACCGUCACCUUGAAGAUUAAGAAACAGACAGAUGCCCAGGCAGCAUCAAGUCCCAAGAAAUUCCCCAUCUCUAGCCACCUGAGUGACCUGGGAGAUGUGGAGGAGGACCCCUCUCUGGCACAGAAGCCAGGCAAGCUCACUGACACGUACCCCUCCACCGUGCCCAGCGUGGACAGUGCGGUAGACUCGUGGGACGGCUCUGGAAUAGAUAGCGGCUAUGGGAAUCAAGGCUCUGGCUUUCAGGCGUCAGGCUACAGUUUCAACACUUACGAGUGGAGGGGUCCGAAACAGAGAGGUAGCCUGUCCCCAGUCACGAAGCCACGAAGCCAGACCUACCCAGAUGUGGGGCUGAGUAAUGAAGACUGGGACCGGUCCACAGUCAGUGGUUUUACAGGGGCUCCCGACAGUACGGAGGCUGAACAAGAGGAGAACUUCUGGUCCCAAGCGCUGGAGGACUUGGAAACCUGUGGACAGUCGGGAAUUCUGAGAGAACUCGAGGCAACGAUCAUGUCGGGGAGCACGAUGAGUUUGAAUCAUGAGGCCCCAACACCUCGCAGUCAGCUGGGGCGACAAGCCAGCUUCCAGGAACGGAGCAGCUCGCGGCCGCAUUAUAGCCAAACAACGCGGAGCAACACCCUGCCCUCCGACGUGGGCAGGAAGUCUGUCACCCUGAGGAAAAUGAAACAAGAAAUAAAGGAGAUCAUGUCUCCAACUCCUGUGGAGCUGCACAAGGUGACCUUGUACAAGAGCUCCGAUGUGGAAGAUUUUGGGUUCAGCGUAGCAGAUGGCUUGCUGGAGAAAGGAGUGUAUGUCAAAAACAUUCGCCCAGCUGGGCCAGGAGACCUUGGUGGCUUAAAACCCUAUGACCGACUCUUACAGGUUAAUCACGUCCGAACGAGAGACUUUGACUGCUGCCUUGUUGUGCCCCUCAUAGCAGAAUCUGGUAAUAAGCUGGACUUGGUUAUUAGUAGAAACCCACUGGCCUCACAGAAGUCUAUAGAACAGACUCUACCAGGAGGAGAAUGGAGUGAACAGAACAGCGCUUUUUUCCAACAGCCUAGUCAUGGUAGUAAUUUGGAGAUACGAGAACCCACUAACACAUUAUAGCAACGCUUUUUAUAAAGCAGGACAAAAGACAAUAUCUACAUGGUGCUAAAAUAUCCCUUUCAGAUUUCUGUGGCAUUUAAAGCACAGAUAAUCACGUGGCAUUAACUGCAAGCACAGGGGUCUUUUAAAUCUCUCUCAUGGCUCAUGUUCACUUCCCCUUUCAAGCUGAAGAGGUUUCUUUCUUGGUGACCACUAUGGUAUAUGGCAGCCAAUUCCCUGCCAAGCCCAAUGGUAGAGAAAAAGAAAAGUAGACAGGCUACCCCUCCCCCCAGUUAACAUCAGAGGAAAUUUUUUACAAGGUCAUCUUCCAAUCACUUUUUAAAAAGAGAAAUGUCUGUUUGAAACUGUUCUCUAUGACAAUUUCCUUAAUUCACUUUGAAAUCAGUUUUCUUACCGUGAAGUCGUUAAUGUUAAGAACUUGACCAAGUCGUUCCACAAAGCUGGCUCUCCUAGGGGAACUCGAGUUUGAGAUGUGGCCGGGGACUGCUGCCAUGGGAGGGGUACAGGUGUAACAUUAAAGUUCUCUUAAAACGUUUCAGCGAUGAUGCACGUAGGAGACCAUAAUAGGUGGUGGUAAAUGUUUUGCCCCAAUAUAGGAAUGAUCUUAACUAAGAUGUAUGCUAUUCCCUAUGCAACAAACUAACAAACAGGAUAUGUCUUGUGACCUGUUUUUUUGUUUUUGUUUUUGUUUUUCUUAAGGACACAUUUUUAAUAGCUGCAAAUCUCUGAUAAUGAAUUAGAGUGCUUAGGAACACUGAGAAUGAGUUAUCUUAUUUUUAAAAUUCAGGACUAAGAACUUAAGAGAGAAUGAAGAGUCUAUUAAAAUGAGGUUUAUCUUAAUGAUAGGCAAAUCAAACUCAUCUUGCUUGACAUGUUUGGAAAACUGUUUAUAGAGGGGUGUACAGGACACGUACUUUAAAAUGACACUGGACUAUCUUUUGUUCUGAGCCAUGCCACUUCUCGAAAUUGUAAAUACAUCUUUCACAAAAUGCAUUGCCAAUUACUACCAUCCCUCAAAGCAAUAAAUUGUGACAGUUGCUUUUAAUGUUUGUCAGCAACUGUUCUCAUUUGUUCAGAUAUUUUGAAUAGUUACACUAAUAACUGUUAUUUGGUGAAUAUUGAAAAAAAGAUAGAUCUGUAUAUGGAUUGUAGAAUCUCCAUAUUGAAAUGAUUAUUUUGCAAACAUCUUCAUUUUGGUCAGUAAUUCAAACGACUGCUUAGGUAAAGCAUUUGAACACUGUGUCCUUUGUUUAAGGAAAAAGUUCACCUUUCUUUUUGUGCAAAGAAAUAUAUUAUUUCAAUCAUAUGUCACAACCCGCCAGGGCAAGAAAGUAUAAAGCAGAAUCAUGUUAAGAAAAAAAAAGAAAAAAAAAGAUCAUGAGUCACUUAAAUAUGUAUUUUUAUUUGUAACAAACAAGUAUUAAGCUGUAAAGUAUUUUUGUACAAAUUUAAUACUUUAAUAGCAUGGUAUUUAUCGUCUAUGUAUGGUUUUGGGGACUUCAAAAUUGUUGCAAAUAUUUGUAUGGAAAAAAAAAAACCCUCUACCAAAUGGAAUAAAAA